AUGAGGGGUAUCUGGAACUUCGUCAGCAAGACUCAACUUGCGAGAAACCCAUUAUUUCAGCUUAGGACCAUGACCCAUCGAGAUUUUGGGAAGCCCCACGAGCAGGAGCUCCGCACGCUCCUGUCAAACAUGAGGCGUGAUCUGCAACAGGCAGAAGAAGAAAAACGACAGGUGGAAGAAAAAACACGACAGUUGAAAAUACAGAUGCUGCCAACUUCCCUUCCUGAGUUUUUAGAUGCCUGUCACGUUCAUUUAUCUGUGAGUUUCUCCUCACGUAUCAACCACCAGACCGGAACCAAAGGAGUGCCUGAAAAUGCUAUAUCCAAGCUGCGCCCCGAUAAAAUCCGAGAAUGGACCACCUUCCCUCAGGAGCAGUCACUUGUAUGGAAGGACCUUUUUGCCACCAACUUUAUUUCAGAAGGGCAUUUCACAUCCUUUAACACACUAAGAGAAUCGGGCGAUGAGUUACGGCAGAGGUCACUGGGCUCCGAGAUAGACCUAGUCUUUUAUCAGCGCUAUGCCGUUGAAGAUCGUGUAUCCGCUGUUAUUCGACAACUAUAUUCCAAUCAAAGCCUCCGAAAUAUAUUCAACCUCAAGGGUGAAAUAUGGUUUGAAAACCACGGAAACAGUCUAAGUACCGAAUACAUAUACUCUGGGCCGGGCGUCAGGUCUCCACAACAGCCACCGGCGUGCAGGCAGCGGGAGGGGGUCGGUAGGGAUGGGAAUGCUCGCCAUUUAACUCCAACUGUGCGAUCAAUAUCGUGUCGCCCUCGUGCCGAUCAGUUUUGUGUGUACAAUACGGGACCCGGUGAAAAAAUACCGGCUUACAUUGUCGAGUACAAGGCACCACACAUAUUUACCAAGGGUGUUAUAGAGGCAGGGCUUAUGGAUAUGGAUGUUGACAAAGUGAUUAUGUACACAAGGGCAGGCCAUGGGGUGAAGGAAGCCCGCAGGACAGUUGCCGCAUGUAUAUCGCAGACAUUUUCAUACAUGAUUCAAGCCGGCCUGGAGUAUGGCUAUCUAUGCACUGGAGAAACGUUUAUAUUUCUCCGUGUGGAUCCUGAUGACCCUACCACUGUCUACUAUUAUCUCUCUGUCCCGAACGAUGAUGUUGGAGAAACUACCGGCUGGGUCAGCGGUACUAACUGCGAAAAUAGAUUACAUCUGACGGCAAUAGGCCAGGUGAUGACUUUCACACUUCGCGCAUUGAGAACUCCUCCCCGUGACCAGGCCUGGCGUAACCAUGCUGAAAUGGUGCUCAAAAAAUGGAAAGUGAAGCAUAACGAUUUUGUGUCUGAUUCGGAAAAUAGCAGCGGCAAGAAACUGUCGGAAUACAAGCGGAAUCGACCGAGCAGAAAUGAAUAUAUACGCAUGUCACCAAUCAAGACAUGGUCAAAGGGUCCUGUCGCCAACGACUCGUGUCGUAUCACCGAGAAGACAUCAACAAACUGGGAGAUUAGUAAAAAUGGCAGCAGUGUGAAUGGCGUAUAUGAUUCUGACAGUCCAAGCACGAGGCUUCCUGUUCGUCCAUCGAAUAUCAUGGUCGUUGUACCCCCUCCGAAAUCAGCUCAAGGGGGUGGCAAUACACAAACGAGUGUGCAGAGGGAAUAUUGCACGCAGAAAUGUCUUCUAGGUUUGGUAAAUGGUGACCUUCUUGACAGAAACUGCCCGAAUGUGGCUAGCCACGGGGGUGGUAAACGGCAUGAUAUUGACCACCACGAAUUGUUAAGAUUGGCUCGUUCGCAGAUCCUGAGAAAUGACGGGGGUCCUUUCGGCUGCGAAUCUAUGCAUAAACAUGGAAUAUCUGCAACUUCGUUCGACUUUACUCUCUUCUCACACGGCUAUCGCUGUGUAGCCAAAGGAACGCCUGUUGAAUUCGGGUAUUCCGCAUACGAAGAACAUGUAUACCAACGUUUACAUUCCAUUCAAGGAACACGAAUACCCGUUUGCCUGGGAAGUGUGGAUGUAUCCUGCCGCCCCUUGUUUUACGAUGGUAUUGCGAGAAUUGGUUAUCUACUGCUCCUCAGCCAUGCAGGGACACCCACCAAGUUCCAUGACGGCCCAGAUAUACGUCCAAGCUUUCACAAGGCUGUUUCUGAUAUUCAUCGUCUAGGGGUUCGACAUGAUGAUUUGCAUGACGGUAACGUAUUUUGGAACGCAGAGAAUAAAGGGGCGAUGGUUAUAGAUUUUGAGCGAGCAAAAAUGUUAUCCAAACGGGGUUCCACGAAGGAGACAGCUUCCAAGAAGAAGAAACCAGACGUCGCUGCAGCUUGA